GGAGUAAUUCAGAAAGUUGGUUUUUAUUCGGGUUAAUUGCAAUUUUUGGAAUUUCUUGCUUAUUCUUCGAUGAUUUUUCCCUUAUGAGAUGCUUUGUUUUGACAAAAUUAGAAAAAUAUAUUUGCUGAGAGCCUGAGAAUUGGGAGUUUCUUAUCGGAUUUAACUGUUCUACAUCACAUUAUGGUCAUUUCAUUUCAUAAAAACUAAUUCACUGGCUCUUUACUCCUAGAUUUCUCGGUUAAUAUUGUAAAGGAUAGAAAUAAUUAAUGUGUAGUGAAAACUGGCUGUUUUUGAAAAGCAAGUUGUGAUAUCUCUUGCUUUCAUCUUGUAAAACUUGUUUUCUGAGUGAAAUGUGUGAAAAGUUCAGGUGAGGUGACAAACUGAACAGUAAAAAAAUGAAGGAUACUAAGCUGUGACUAUUAUUUUUAUUGCUAUUUUUAUUUAAAGAUGUUGAUCAGAUUGAAUUGGACUGGAUUGGAUGUGAGGGUUAUAAUGGAAGAAUGAAUUGGCAAAAACUUGUGUGCAUCCACCCAAUUAGGGUUUAGUAAUCCUAAAUUGGAGUUUAUUUAUCACAAUUAGGACUUAACUAGGGUGGAUGCACCGGACUGUGGCUUUAGGAGAAUUUGAGAUGAGUUUAUUACAAGCAAGCACCACUUUUAUAUGUGUAUGGUUUUCCCCAUUUAUACCUGCUUAAGCCUUACCCUUCUAAAUCUUUUGAUUUGAUGGAUGGAGUUGAACAUUGGGAAUCAGUUUUUAUUAGCAUUUCUGAUCUUUAUGAACUCUUCAUAGUUUCAACAUUAAUUAUACUCGAGAUAGUUCAUGAUUCCGUGACUUGAAUGCAUUCAGUAUGUGAAAUUCAAGGGUGAGAAAUGGAAGGAAAAGCCCAAGCAUAUGUUGCUGAUAUUUCAUCAAUAAAAGCAGCACAAGAUCGCAUCAGCUCUCACGCGCACAAAACUCCAGUUUUAUCCUCAGAGACUCUCGAUUCUCUCUCUGGAAGAAAGCUUCACUUCAAAUGUGAAUGUUUCCAGAAAGGUGGAGCUUUCAAAUUCAGAGGGGCCUGCAAUGCUGUAUUUUCGCUUACAAACGAUGAGGCAGCUCGAGGGGUUGUGACACAUAGCAGUGGGAAUCAUGCUGCAGCGCUUUCUUUGGCUGCAAAACUACGAGGAAUACCAGCACAUAUAGUCAUUCCGAAAAAUGCCCCAAAAUGCAAAGUUGAGAAUGUCAUUCGUUAUGGUGGUCAGGUUAUUUGGAGUGAGGCAACGAUACAAUCUAGGGAGGAGGUCGCUGCAAAGGUCUUGAAAGAUACCGGUGCUAUUCUUAUUCAUCCGUAUAAUGAUGGGCGUAUCAUAAGUGGACAGGGAACCAUAUCUCUGGAGCUAUUGGAACAGAUUCCUCAAAUCGACACCAUAAUAGUUCCAAUAAGUGGAGGUGGUUUGAUUUCAGGCGUGGCAUUAGCUGCCAAGUCGAUUAAUCCCUCAAUUCGAAUACUGGCGGCAGAACCAAAGGGAGCAGACGAUGCAGCUCAAUCCAAAAAGGCAGGCACUAUAAUCACUCUACCUGAGACGAAGACCAUAGCUGAUGGUCUUCGAGCUUCUCUUGGAAGUUUCACGUGGCCUAUCGUCCGAGAUUUGGUGGACGACAUCAUUGUUGUCGAGGAUAAAGAGAUCAUAGAAGCCACGCGAUUGUGUUAUGAGGUUCUGAAGGUUGCGGUGGAGCCAAGUGGAGCAAUCGGCCUUGCUGCGGUUCUAUCGGAGAGUUUCAGGAAUAAUCCCAGUUGGGAAGACUCCAAGAAUGUGGGGAUCAUAGUUUCAGGAGGCAAUGUUGAUUUGGAUGUGAUGUGGGAAUCCUUCAGCAAGAGAGUAUGAGUUGCAAGAGCCCUUCCUCUCUCACAAGGUUAGCUAGUGAUGAAUUUGUGACAUGUAUUUUUUUAUUGAGAAAAAUCAAUAUUAAGUCCCAA